AUGUUGAAGCCUUUCCAGAUCAAAAAUCUUCGUGGGUCUGUCCCUCAAGACCGCGAGGAGUCUUCAGGUUACUCUUCCGGCCCUUCUAGGGUCGUGCAAAUCUCGGCCACCGACUAUGAUGAUAUUGCCUCUAAUCAUCCUCGAGCGAGGCUAACCUAUGUAGAUGAUGAGGAUGGAGAUCAAAUUACGGUGGGGUCUUCUCUUGAACUCUCUCAACGUCUAGACGAGCCUAUAGAUAUCUAUGCUGGAGCAGAAACCGCCCAACUGCCCCAAGAGGAGCUAAGUCCGAUGCAUUUGUUUGAUAUUCGUCGAUCAAACUCUGUAACGGAGCUGUGGCGACGGUUUGAACAAGAGAAAAGUGAGAGUAUCAGACUCGACGAAACAGCGAGCCCCACGCUGUCUUCAACUGAGCUGGCUGUUGGUAAUUCAACAAACCACCCAGUGUCGGACCAAGAACCUGCUGCGGUUAUUUCAGAGCCCGAAGAGGAGUCCCAGCCCUUCUUGGCUGCAUUUGAAGCCGAGCUAGCCAAUCUCCUUGACUCAGCCGAUACUUCCAAUGACCGGGCCGUAUCACCCGAAACAUCACAACCGCCUGAUACCUCAUCAUCAAACGCAAAUAAUCAGAGAGCACCACACCCACUUGAGGUUGCUGCUGCCACCUUCCUCUAUCAUCUUGUGAAUGGGGCGAACUCGGUGCAGUCAGAGCUGAGAUCAAGACUCCCUGAGCUGCAACGUCAGCUACAUAAUGCUCAGACAUCUGUCCCAGAAAACGUGCGGGCAUCAUUGCAGACUUUUCUCACCACAGUUGAAGCCCAUAUGCGAACUGCCUUCAACAAUCUGCCUGAAAAUGGAAGGCAUAUGGCGGAGGAGGCAAUCAAUGCUGGGCGGCCUGUAGCUGAAAAUGCCGCCGAAAGUCUACGAAUGAUGGCAUCUGACUUCAAUGAAGCUAGUCGAACCUUGUUCGCUGCGUUUGAACAUGAAUUUGGCCGAUUUGGGGCGACUGAGCCAAGCUUAACGACACCCGGGGCGCCACAGUCUACAUCCCCCGGCGCAGGGAGUCACGGACCAUCAGCCCGACCGACAGACAUGGACACCCCAGGUUCCGAACCCAAUUUCCGAACCCAGUCCCCUCAUGAACGCGAUGUCCUGGCCAAUCAGGAUCUGCACAAGAAAGAUUCAGUUAGCCCCGAGCAGCCUCUAAAAGCCGAGACUGGAAUUAACAAGAAUAUCUCAUUGCCAGACACGAGCAAUGAACCCCCAAGACUUUAUCCAACACCACCAGUACCCCCGCCGAAGGAACCCUCUGCCCAGUCAGAGGGCUCUGAGAAAAAGGUUUUGUUUAUUGGAAACAUUGGCUUCAAUGUCACUGAGCGAAUGAUUCAAGAUGUGUUUGCUUCCAAGGGCUUUAUUGUGAAUGUGCAUCUUCCACUGGACUCUGUUUCCGGGAAACAUGCUGGCUUUGGCUACGUGGAUUUUCCCUCGAUCCAUCCAGCCAUGGCCGCAAUGGACGUGCUACAAGGUAUACACAUCGAUGGACAUGCCAUCAACCUUGAAUUCAGCGAGGAACCACUCAUGGAGCGCAUCCAACCAUCACAGCACCAAGUUCCUCAGGUGGAACCGGAUACUCUCUAUGGGGUAUUCACCCGUCAAGAACUUUCUUCGGAGAGGUCUGUGGGAGACAUCAACCCGCGACGGAAUGUCCGUCCGAUCAGCCGUCGGAAAUCUGUGAGUUUCAAAGAACCAGAUAUUCUGGUUGAAGGUUCUCUGGAAAAAGAGACGGAAGCCAAUUCAAUGCAGGCGAAAUCCCCUUUAUUGAUCGAUUUAACAAAUGACGAGCCUACAUCCGUCCCUUCACACGGACAAGGACAUGAUGAUAUUCCGUCCCUGGAUUCGGAUUUAGAAAUGAGUCGGUUUCCCCCCGUCUCUCAAUUAGAGGCGCAGCUUUUUGCAAACCAACAACGCAAUCAUCCAUCGGAAACUACUAUCCUUGCGAAUGACGUUACUACAAAUGGCGCGGUCCCAGAGUCUCAUCCUCAGAGAUCCCACAGCAUUUCACACGCUCAACGCCCCGCCUCAAUAUCCUCGCAUGCUCCAGGUGAAGCGCAGCUUCGGGACUCAGACAGCCCUGUCCUUCGUCGGGCAAAUACCAUAACCUUUGCACGUGAGGGAAGCCAAGCGUUUGAUGAUUCCAGUGCUGCACCUCUAAAUUUUCCGGCCUAUGCCAAUCCUGGGCAAAGGCGCCUUGCUAGAGAGGGUCGCCCAUCUCGGUCUAAUACUCGAGCUGAGACUGACACUUGGGCACGACUAGAUAGAAGGGAGCGCCGGCUAUCUAGGUCCAGGUCGCAUCACAGCAUCCCUGGAAGUUUCCCCGUUGAAGCAGCCUCCCAGCUCUCGCCCUCGCUUCCACUUGGCAACGAGGUUCUUGAGUCUCAGGAAGAUGACAUCGAGCGAUGCAUCUCAUCCCUUAUGGAUAUGGGCUAUGGAACUCCUCGAGAUGGUGGCCGAUCUCGAAUUGCUGUCUAUGCUGCAGCAUCUAAUGGUAGCCUGCUUGAUGCCAUUGAGAUGAUUGAGGAAGAACGAAAGGUUUAUGCCCGCCAAGGCAGGAACUGA